AUGCUGAGCAGUGUGUGGAAUUUUGUGAAAAGGCACAAAAAGAAAUUUGUCUUCACUGGAGUUUUAGUCGGAGGUAUCUAUUAUCUUGGUAAAUAUGCAAGAAGAAAAAUCAUUGAACAACAGAAACAAGAGGCAUUGGAGUUUAUUGAUAAUAUGAGAAAACAGCAGCACUAUGAGAACAGCCAGAGGACUUGUGAAAGAACUAUAAUCUCCAUGCUGCCUAAUCUCUGUGAGGCUCUGUGCAAGCAGUUAGACACAGAACAUUUGCUGGUAGGACUGAAAUCAAAGCCUGACAUGAAGAUAGCAACCUGGGAAAAGAUAAAACUUUUGAGUUUCGUCAGGAUGAUUGUGUCUGUAUAUUCGUGCUGCUUGCUUGUAUUAAUCUUUAAAGUACAGCUCAACAUUAACUCUAAUGUACAGAAGAGAUACAUGCAGUGCAUUCAGCUGCUUUUUAAAACAGUUCUAAAGAGAAUCAUCGCCGAUGUGACCGCGGCCGUCUCUGAGGUCAUAGGAGGGUUGAGCCUAAAAACCCCGAUGACCCCGUCGACCCUUCACGAACUUCUGACCUUAGUACGCCGAAAGGUCGAGGUCAAGGUUCAAAAUGGUUAUCACGACACUGACCUUACUGUGGUUUGUAAAUCUUUCAGCACUCUGACUACGAUAUGUCUGGACGGGCUGUUCUCACAGUUGCUGUCUAGCAUUGCUGGCCACUUCGAGCCUAUGAAUACUACAACUUCUACUAAUACUAAUACGUUAGUUAUGUCGAAACCACUUGCCAAAGUCAUUCCAAUUGUAAAUGGUUUAGUCUAUUUGGUUACCGGUAAUCAGCCUAAUAAGUUUGUUGAUGUAAGUUAG